ACAAGCUGGCUCCCUCCGUUCUGGGAGUGUUUCGCAUUUAAACAAACACGGUCCUGACGAAGAUGGCGGAGAGUUUGUAGAGGCGUAAAAGAAACUGCCCCACUCAAUGAAAGCGACGAAGCCGGAGAUGUUGAGACAUUGAAGACCCUGAAUGGAGCUUGACUGGGGCUUGUGCUGGUUAAGGUGCUGAUAUGCGCUGAAGAUGAGUGGCAUUGGAGACAACUCGUUGGAGCCGCUGUGCUCCGAUCGCAAACGUAAACUGUCCACCUGUGACACACCGGGCUUAGGGUGUGACAAGCGUCGGAGGGAACAGGAGAGCAAGUACAUCGAGGAGCUGGCUGAGCUCAUCUCUGCCAACCUCUCUAACAUCGACAGCUUCAACGUCAAGCCUGACAAAUGUGCCAUCCUCAAAGAGACAGUGAGACAGAUCCGACAAAUCAAAGAGCAAGGAAAGAGCUCUUGUAGUGAUGACGAUGUCCAGAAGGCUGAUGUUUCCUCCACUGGUCAAGGGGUCAUUGACAAGGACCACCUGGGACCGCUGCUCCUACAGGCCCUGGAUGGCUUCCUGUUUGUGGUUAACCGAGAGGGCAGCAUUGUGUUUGUGUCAGACAAUGUGACGCAGUACCUUCAGUACAAGCAGGAGGAGCUGAUCAACACCAGCGUGUAUACCAUCAUUCAUGAUGAGGACAGAGAGGAGUUUCACAAGAACCUACCCAAAUCCAGUGCAUCAAAUGGGGCAUCCUGGGGUGGAGAGGCUCCACGGCAGAAGAGCCACACCUUCAACUGUCGUAUGCUGGUGAACUCUGUUCAUGGAAUGUCAGAAGAGAGGCCUGGAGGCCAACGCUAUGAGACCAUGCAAUGUUUUGCCCUUACUCAGCCCCGAGCCAUGAUGGAAGAGGGAGAAGAUUUGCAGUCGUGUAUGAUCUGUGUGGCACGACGCAUCAUUGCAGUGGAGAGGACAGAGAGGUUUAGCACUCGCCAUGAGCUCUCUGGUAAACUCAUUGAAAUUGAACAGCAGAGCUCUCCUCACACUACUAUGCGUCCAGGGUGGGAGGACCUGGUGAGGCGCUGCAUGCAGAUGUUCCUCCACCGCAGUGAGGGACAACCAUGGUCCUACAAGCGCCACUAUCAAGAUGCUAUCCAUAAUGGUCAUGCAGAGACCCCACUUUACCGCUUCUCGCUCUCUGAUGGCACUCCGGUCACGGCCCAGACCAGGAGCGAUCUCUGUAGGAACCCCAACACCAAUGAACCGCACUCUUUCCUCUCCACACAUUUGCUACAGAGGGAACAGAAUGGUUAUCGUGCGAAUCAGGGUGGAGCUAUGAGGCCUCCAAAUAUGGGUGUGAACAAUCCUAAUCAACAGAUGAGCAUGGGCCCAGGAGGGGGCAUGGGCAUGAACAGGAGCUACAGCAUGGCUGAACAGGGCAAUAUGGCCCAGAGAGGAGUGCCCCCCUACACAGGGGGAAACCGCAUGAAUCAGAUGAAUCAAAUGAAUUCCAUGCAUCAGAUGAAUCAAAUGAAUUCCAUGCAUCAGAUGAACAACAUGAGUCAGAUGAAUCAGAUGAAUUCCAAUCAUCCAAUGAACUCCCCAAUGAACUCUGUGAACCAGAUGGGGCCCAUGAAUCAGAUGAGCCAUCAUGGCAUGCAUCAGCAGCAGCACCAACAUCAGCAGAUGGGGCAGUUCCAUGGAGGUGGAGGUGGGCCUGGUGGGUUUGGGAUGACCAGUCCUCCCCAGGCCAGUCCAGGGAUAAAUGGUCCCCCACAUAAUGUCAUGGGCUCACCCAGAGUUCGAGGAAGCCCCAAGAUGGGUGCCAGCCCAUUUUCCCCAGGAGGUAUGAACUCUCCCAUGAGCUCCAGCCACCCUGGUAACUCUGGUGGAGGUGGAGGAGGGGGCACCACCUUCUCCAGUAGCUCCUUGAAUGCCCUCCAAGCCAUUAGCGAGGGAGUGGGUAAUCCCAUGCCCUCUCCCCUCACCUCUCCCCUUCCCCACAAGCCUGACAGCUCCCCAAGCAUCAACUCCACUAACCAGACAGCAGGUGGGCCCUGUAAACCAGGCCUCCCAUGCUACUCUGACUCCAAAAGCCCUGGCAGCUCACUGGGGACUGGAGGAGAGCAGCAGACUCCGCAGCCACCCCACACCCCGACCAGUGAAGGCCCUCCUGACAAACCAGACAGCCAAGUCAGCAGAGAGGCAGGUCAAGCUGGAGGAGAAGCCAACCGACGGGUCCCUGACAACAAGAGCCACAAGAAGCUUCUGCAGCUCCUCACCUCCCCCACUGAUGAGCUGGUGCCACCAAAUCACACAAGCUCAGCACCAAGCUCCACCCCCGCAGCAAAAGAAGGAACAGCCGGCGUCACCAGCCCCUCGUCUUCAACCGGCGUGUCGUCCUCCACAGGCGGGGGCCACAGUUCCGUGCCCUCCUCUGGUGGCCCAGGACAUUUAACAAGUCAGUCUCUUCAAGAGAAGCACAAGAUCCUUCACAAACUGCUGCAGAACGGAAACACUCCUGAUGAGGUAGCUCGGAUCACUGCCGAAGCCACUGGGAAGAGCAGUCUAGACUCGGGGGUGCCAGAACCAGGACCUACAGCCACAGGAGGGACAAGGGGGUCGGAGCCAAAGCAGGAACAGCACAGCCCUAAGAAGGAAAAGCCCCAUGCCCUUCUUCACUACCUCCUUAAUAAGGAUGACUCUAAGGAGAGUGGUGAUGUCAAACCAAAACUGGAGGACCUGGAGGCGAGAGGGGCACAGGGCGCAGGGGUCACCAGUUCAGACCCCCACUGCAUCGAUGGGAAGGUCAAGUUGGAGCCCUCUGAUGAGACGGAGACCCUUGAGACCAUUCUUGGAGUCCCAAGGAAUAGCAGUGGCUUCUACCCUGAACCCGACUCCAGAGCAGGGAAGGAAGUGGGAAACAAACAGGGGAAUACUCCUGACAGUUUACAUGAUGGAGAGAGAGUCCCUAUGCCAUCGGGUCAGCGUGUUGCCUAUCAGAGAGCUAUGUCCAUGGAUGCCAAGGUCAUGGGUCCAGAGGUAGCAGUGGUAGGUGGGCUUGCUGGCAGAAGGAAUGUGCCCUGUCCCACACUGAUCAAACAGGAGAACAUGGAUGCUUCCAUCAGACCAGGGGCUCUUUCAAAUGGCUUCCCAGGAGGCAUGGCGGCAUGUCCACCACGAGGAAAUCUAAUGAGAGGAAUGGGCAGGGGAUUAGGAAUGCCUCAGCGCCCUCCCAUGUCAGCACCUGGAGACUGGGGUAUGCAGAGAUCCAGCAGCAAUCCAGUUGCAGGACCAGGACACUCUGGAAUGGGUCGCUCUGGUCCAAUGGGCGGAUCUAUGAUCAACCGCUCCAACAGUGUACCCGGAAACCCUCAGUCUAUGCUACAGCAGCAACUCAUGGAUAUGGGUUCCAGUGAAGCCAACAUGGGUAUGAAUCGGUUUGGUGGACAUAGGCAUCUACCUCAAUCCCCGUCCUGGCCUGACUCUGCCAUGGUGAUGGAAAGACCACAGGCUAAUACAAACAGGGAUCAGUUCGGACACCCCCUGGAUGAGCUGUUUGGGCCCCUGGUUAGCAGUGAGGGCCAAGGUGAUGAGCGUGCACUUCUGGACCAGUUGGACUCUCUACUCAAUACCGCUGAUGUCAUUACUCUGCACGAGAUAGACCGAGCCCUAGGCAUCCCUGAAAUAGUAGGACAGAACCAGGGAUCUGAGGGUCACCAGCAGGGAUCAGAUCAUAGCCAUGGUCAGUGCCCACCAUCCGAGUCCUUCCCAAGGCCAGACUCCUCGAUAGGCAUGGACCAAAAACCAAGUUUCACCCAAGGCUACCCUGGGCCUCCUGGGCCGUCCUCCAUAGGUAUGCAGGCUGGUUACGGAGGCAACACGAUGCAAAGCCAGUCUCCUGCAGGCUUCAACCCUAUGAUGAAUCAGAUGGGCCAGAGUGGCGGCUUCCCUGGCAUGACGAACAUGGGCAACCCCCGUGCAAACAUGAUGCGACCUCGCAUGAUGACUGCUACUAAGCCUAUGCGACUUCAGCUGCAGCAGAGACUGCAAGGACAGCAGUUUAUGAAUCAGACUCGACAGGGCAUGAAAAUGGAACAUACCCCUGGAGGAAAUCCUGCCAUGCAUCCAGGCAUGCAGCCUGGCAUGCAACCUGGCAUGCAACCUGGCAUGCAACCUGGCAUGCAACCUGGAAUGCAGCCUGGCAUGCAACCUGGCAUGCAAUCUGGCAUGCAGCCUGGCAUGCAGUCUGGCAUGCAGCCUGGCAUGCAGCCUACAGCCAUGGGAGGACAGCCUGGUUUUCUGAACGCACAGAUGAUGGCCCAACGCAGCCGAGAGAUGAUGACUAUGCAGAUGAGGAGACAGAGGAUGAUGAUGCUCAUGCAACAGCAACAGAGGCAGGAGCCAGGGGCACCAAGAGGUUUUAGCCCUCCUCCAAAUGUCACUGCACCAGGAGGCAUGGAGGGCCCCAUGGGAGUACCCCCUAUGAACCAGCCUGGACAACAAGGUUUUAACUAUGGGGGUAAUAAUUAUGCAAUGAACCAGCAGGGGGACCCAUCAUUCAUGGCUCCAGGUAGCAGCCCACCAGGAACCAUGAUGCAAGGAAGAAUGGGAGGUCCUCCUCAGACCAACAUGAUGCAGGGGAUGCAGGGCAAUCCACAGGGCGGGCCCAUGUACCCAUCAGGAGACAUGAAAGGCUGGCCACAGGGUGGCAUGCAGCGCAAUAACUCAUACACUCAGCAACAGUUCCCCCAGCAAGGUAACCAGGGUCAGUUUGGACCCAUGAUGAUGAAUAAUGCUAUGGGCGGACCCGGGCCUGUCAGCGGGGCAGGUGCUGCACAGAUGGGCCAGAUGCCAGGACAGAGGUCGGGACAGAUGCAAGGCCAGAUGCAAGGCCCGAUGCAAGGCCAAAUGAGCAUGAACCCCAUGGGGAUGGGUAGAAUGCCAAUGGGACCUGAUCAGAAAUAUUGUUGAUCAACUGUGGCUGAGGGCAGAAUCUGGAGCCUGACAGCAGUGGCAGAGAGGUCUGAGCCCCGAGAAGAGCUGGACCUGAACAAAAACUCAAACACAAACAUAGGAGGAGUUGUCCAGCAGGAAUGCAGGAAACAUAGAACAACCCACUGUUCAACCUGGAGGAAGACAAAUAUGCACUGGGCUUCAUCCCCAACUGACACCACAAAUACUGUAACCUUGUUAAGGUGAUGCACAUAUACAGAUCUCAGUGUGUGCUUAUGCAUGUUUGUGUGUGCUCAUGUGAAUGACCCAGUGCUGUCAGGCAGUAUUCAGUGCCACAGCUAAGCUGCAGAACGGGACUAUGGUACAUCUGGCUGUGGCGGCACUUUACCUGAAGGCUUCUGUGUGGAAUAAAGAUUGAUGCAAUAUUUCUUUAUCAUUACAGCCUUACUAGAGAUUCAAUGCCUUCAUAACAAUGAGUUUCUGUUUUUUUUCUUGUCCGUUGGAUGCGCCUCAUUCUUGAAGUCAUUGGAAGCUAAAGCACACAGUUUUCUAUGUUAUGCAGAUUGGAGCAAUAAGUCUUGCCUCUAUUCUUUCGACUGUAACUGAGCAUCAUAACCCCUGUUCUAAGCAAACAAAUGGUACUGCAGUAUUAGAUGUCUCAAAUGUCCUCUGUGAAUAUGAAUUGUAAAUAUUCUACAAAAUAUAUCAAACCUGCUUUUAAAGUCCCAUAAUUGCACAAAGUAUGAGACCUGGUUGUAUUUUUGUGUCCCAUAGGUCAAUAAUACGGAUUUGGUUCAUUUGCUUUUGUAUGCUUUUGCUCAUCUAGCAGGCAUGUAUGGGUUUUUCUUUCUUUGUGUGUCAUUUUUCGAAUGCUGUAUUUUAAAAGUUUCCAAAAAGUCAUGUAUUUCAUGUUUUAGCGAGGCACUUUUUUUUUUCUUCUUGUGAUGAGUAUCUGAUGUGUUGAAGGUUUGAGCUUUCACACUGUCAGAGGUUUCAUUGGUAGGUGGAGGAUGUACGAUCAGAUUUUGUUGGGUUCUGUGUGAGCUGAGCUGCUCGGGCUUUUCUGCAGUACAGUGAAGAUGGAAACACACACUCUUCAGUUUACCAACAAGCCGGGUUCUCGCUGUGUUCUCCCUUUGGGUGUGUUUUUAUUAACCCCAUCUUCUUUUGUCUGUUUUGGUUAACUCGCUGAAUCUACCUUUUCAACAUGCGCAAUCCAAAGAUACUAUUCCACGUCUCUGUAUAGUUUCCGAGGUUUCAGGUGUACAUUUGUAACGCUUUGUGUUCUAUUAGUCUGAUGGUAAAUGGGUACAUAUCAUGGAUCUGAAUGAACAUUUGAUGGUUAUGUACUGGGAGCAUCAAGUGUAUGGGGUGACGGUGUUCCACAGUGGGGAGCUACUGUUGCAGUGGGGAGAGGACUUGACACAAAACCCCGCAGCAUAUGACUAACAUCUGGAAACGAAAAACAAAUCAUCUUUUGCUGUGAUGAGAGAGAAACCAAUGGAAUGCAAUCCACUUUAAGACAUAUCAAUAUCUCUAUUUUUCAGGAAACGACUUCAUGUUAUGUCCACAUUUUGUUACUUCAUGAUAAAGGAAUUUUCUAGAUUUUAAAUGAAGUGCAAAAAGAGGCAAUCGGUCAUUGGGUUUGUUUUUCUUUUUCUUUGUUUGGAGGAACGAUAAGCUGUCAUUUUACAGGAUGUAUAUUACAGAUUUAUUCUGUUGAUGUUGAUAUUGAUGUAAAUACAAAUUUCUAUUUAAA